AAAUUUCUUCUUUUCUUACAGAGAAUCCAGAAGAAUAAAGCAAAGAAAUGGAUGUUGUUUCAGUUAUAGUAACCAUAGGAGGAUACUUUGUGGGCCCAAUCAAAAAGCAUUGUGGCUAUCUGUUUCAGUACAAUAGCAACAUCAAGAAUCAUGAAGAUCGAAUUAGGAACCUUCGUGCCAUGUUAGAUGGGGUGCAAUUAAAAAUUGACGCAGCAAAAAGGAACGGACAGGUAAUCUUACCUGUGGUUGAGAGGUGGGUAGAAAAGGCACGCAACAUCCUUGAUGAAGAUGCCGAAGUAAAUAAGAAGGGCUUAGAUGGUUGGUGUCCACGUUAUUCCUUGAGUAGGAAAGCUAAGAAGAAGACUCUGGAAAUUGAUGUACUACUAAACGUUGGACAAUUUAGUGAAGUGUCCUCUCCUCCUCCUCCGCUGGGAAUAGGAUCUUCAUCCAUAGAAGGUAUUAUGGAUUUUGAGUCAAGAACAGAAAUGAGGAGAGAAGUUUUAGAGGCACUACUAGCUGACAAGGUCAAUAUGACUGCCAUAUGCGGUAUGGGGGGGAUAGGGAAAACAACAAUGGCAAAAGAGAUAGCGAAAAGAGCAAAAGAUGAUAAGUUAUUUGAUGAAGUUGUCAUGGCAGUGGUGUCCCAGACUCUAGACUUGAAAAAGAUUCAAGGUCAAAUUGCUGAGAUGCUAGGACUGAAAUUUGAUGAAGAGUAUCCACUUGCAAGAGCAGAACGAUUAAGAAAAAGACUAAUGGAUAGUAAGAGUGUUCUUGUAAUAUUAGAUGAUGUGUGGGAUGCAGUUGAUUUAGAGGCUGUUGGAAUUCCUUAUGGAGGUGAACACAAUAGAUGCAAAAUCUUGUUGACAUCACGAAGUGAAGACGCCUGCACUCAGAUGAAAACUCAGAAGAUUUUUCCAAUCAAAGUUUUAUCUGAAGAAGAAGCAUGGAAUCUUUUCAGGGAGAUGGCAGGUAAUUGUAUCGAUACUCCCAAUCUACACCCAAUAGCAAAAGAGGUUGCAAAGGAAUGUGGAGGUCUACCUGUUGCUAUUGUAACUGUUGGAAGAGCCCUAGAAAACAAAAGUGAAUUUGAGUGGAGUGCUGCACUUCAACAGCUUAAAAAUGCUAUCCCAAAAAAUAUUCCCGGUCUUGAUUCAAAGGUGUACUCCAGCAUAGAGCUUAGUUAUGGUUACUUAAAAAGUGAUGAAGCCAAGUCAUGCUUUUUGCUAUGUUGUUUAUUUCCGGAAGAUUUUGAUAUUCCCAUUGAAUUUUUAGUGAGGUAUGGGGUGGGACAAAGGUUGUUUGCAAAGAUUGAUACUGUGGCAGAAGCAAGAAAUAGAGUACAUGCAAUGGUUAAGAAUCUCAAAAGAUCAUUUCUACUGUUGGAUAGUGACGAAGGAGAACAAUGUGUGAAAAUGCAUGAUGUUGUACGGGAUGUUGCAAUAUCAAUUGCAGAAAAUCAAGGUUUUCUUGUACGAUGUAAGGAAAAAAUGGAAGAAUGGCCAGAGAAAGAUUCAUGCGAGCGUUCUACUGCAAUUUCGCUUCUAACCGAAGAAUUGAAAAGGCAUCCCGAUGGCUUGGAGUGUCCUAAACUUGAGCUUUUGCAGCUAGCAUUUGACAGUGACACUUCGCAGAUGCUCCCACACAAUCUAUUUAAUGGGAUGAAAGGUUUAAAAGUUUUGUCUCUGUUUGAUAUGUCCUUUACAUCACUACCACAAUCAAUCAAUGUCCUUCAAAACCUUCGGACCCUGCAAUUUUUGGGUUGUGAGAUAACAGAUGUGUCAGCAAUUGGAGAACUUAGGAAACUAGAAAUUAUUAGCUUUAUUGGAUCUAAAAUCAAAGAGCUGCCAAGAGAAAUGAGAAAUCUUAGUUAUCUAAAGUUGUUAGAAUUGACAGAAUGCAGAGAUCUUGAGCGAAUUCCACCUGAUCUCCUAUCGAGUUUAUCUCACCUAGAAGAGUUGUACAUGUUCGGAGUAGAUGUGAAGUGGAAACCUAUGGAAGAGGAAGAAGAGAAAAAGGGAGCAAACGCAAGCCUCACUGAACUCAUGUCUUUGUCCUAUUUGGUGGCUUUAAAAAUUCAAAUACCAAAUAUUAAGGUCUUGCCAAAAGACUUGCCCUUCAAAAAUGAAACGAUAAAAUUUCAGAUAUUUGCAAGUGAUAAUGGAGAUGAUGAUUUAAACUAUUUAUUUGAAAAUAGUUUGGGACUUGCAAGCUGUGACCUAAGAGAUAUUGCAGAGAGGCAGAUGCUUCUUCAACUUUUAAAGAGAUCUGAAAUAUUAAGGUUGGAAGAAAUAAAAGAUUUAAAAAACAUUGCGUAUGAGUUAGACAAAGAGGGUUUUCAAUGCUUGAAGGUUCUAGAAGUUGUUGGAAGUGAAGAUGUAGAAUAUGUAAUGGAUGCCACAUCAUAUCUGACUCCACAUGCUGCCUUCCCUAUCCUGGAGUCAUUGGAACUAAAGGGAUUGACUAAUUUAAAAGAGAUAUAUCAUAGCCAAUUCCCAGAUAGAUCCUCUAGUGGUGCUUGUUUUGGCAGCCUCAAAUCUCUUCGACUAUGGACUCUACCAAGACUCAUUGGCUUUUGUACAGGCGUGGGUCCCGUUGAGCUUGUCCAACCAUCCUUGAAUCAAGAGGUUGGAAGGAUCGGCACUGAUGAAGUGACCAAUCUUGAAAAGCACAAGAUGACAAACAUUCAACAACAUACUGGCCCAUUUCCUGAAUCAACACCCAUUAUCUCUCAUAAACUCUUCUCAUCCAACACCAUCUUGUGGUCACCGAAUUUAGAAAAUCUUGAAUUGAAGAAAGCUGAUUCACUAGAAGUGGUAUUUGAUCUUGAAGGACUGAAGGCCAACAAAGAUCACCAGAGAAUUGCAGUACUUGCUCAGUUGAAAACUUUAGAGGUUGAAAAUUUAUCUGAGUUGAGAUACGUGUGGAAGAAUGUUCCACAAGGAAUUCAAGGCUUUCAAAAACUAACAUCCAUUGAUGUAAGUGAAUGUCAUCGUCUAAGAUAUUUAUUCCCAACUUCUAUUGCAAAACUGCUUGUGGAACUUCAAAACAUUACAAUAAGAGAUUGUGACGCAAUCGAAAACAUUGUUCAAAGAGAUGGAGAAGAAGAGGUAACGGAUAUCAAAGCUUAUUCUUUUGAAUGGUCAUCCGUUAAGAAGAUUUAUUUGCGGCGUUGUCCCAAAUUGAAAACAAUUGGUUCAAAAAUUCAAAGCCCAAGAAAGUCGAAGAAAAUCAAUAGGGAAUUGGAUUCAAGACCCAAUGAGCAAGAACUUGGGUCCCCUGGUUUUGUUUGGCGAUGCCUUGAGUGUGUACCACGUCGCAAAAAUGAUGGUCUGAUGGUUGUGUCAGACCAAGGCACUACCAAUAAAUCACAAAGAAGCUACUCUGUGAAGGAAGAGGGUACUUUGAGUAAACCGAAUGAUCCAAAAGUUGGUGAUAGCAACAACCCCUCAGAGAUAUGGUCUCUUUUUCCAUCUCAUAUAAUUGAGUGCCUAAAGAAUCUAGAAGAUAUUACAUUGUUUAGCUUGAUUAAAGUUGAAGUUGUAUUUCAACUUGAGGAACUAAAUGUUGAGGAAAGUCACAUGGCACCAGUACUUGAUCAGUUAUCGGGAUUGGAUCUACGUCAUUUACCAAAACUAAUGCACAUAUGGAAGAAGGGCCCAGAAAGGAUCUUGGGCUUUGGAAAUAUGAGAUUUUUAAAUGUUGUUAACUGCAAUAGUCUAACAUAUUUGUUCUCACCAUCCAUAGCAAAAUUGCUUGUGAUGUUAGAGAAUAUAACAGUUGUUAACUGUGAAAAAAUUGAAGAAAUCCUUGCAAGAGCAGGAGAAGAAGAGGAAGAAAAGGACGUUCUGUUCCACAAAGUGAACUGUAUCCAUCUCGAGGGCUUACCAAGGCUGAAGUAUUUUUGCCCUGAAACCAAUGCUUUAGAGUGGCCAUCACUGGAGGAAAUAAGGGUAAUUAGAUGUCCUAAUUUAAGCACGUUUAUUCCAUCUAAUCUAAACACACCUAAGCUAGAGGGAGUAUACGAUGAUCAUCCAUGGAUAGAAGAAAGAACGUGUCAUUGGAAGGGAGACCUGAAUGCCACCAUAGAGCACAUCUUCAAAGGAAAGGAAAAGCAAUUGAAUCAUGAGACACAGCAAGAAGAGCAAAUUGAGACUAUUGAGAAGGAUAUGUAAUGCUGGGCAAGACAUACAGUAGGUUAUAUCAACUACAUGAUGUUCAACCUCAAGUGGUAAGAGAAUAUGACGUUGGGAUAUAUGAAGAAGGAAGCAGUUUCAAUAAGCUUAUGAGAAACACAUCUAAAGCUAUGCUCAUUCCAAACAGGACCUUAAAUUGUUUUCAUUUUGUGCCGUAUAUUCUUUUCUUUUGGCUGUAUAACUAGCUAUCUUAUUAUGCUAUUUUUAUAUGUAUUCCGAGAGCACCAUUGUUUGAUAAUACUCUUCUUGUUUUUGUCUAUGUUCAAUCUUUUAUCCAAGGACUCCAGAUUUGAAAAACUUCUAAGUGUGUUUAUUAGCUCUAUGUAUGCUCAAGUAAUACACUGAUAUUCAUACUAGUUUAUCUUCUUGAUGAUUUGAUAGUUACUAAGUUUCUUUGAA